AUGGGAUACGCCCGCUUCGUAGUCGGGCCCGGGCAUCCCUGCGCAGGCCCGCCCGCGCACGAGGACACGCGUGUUCGUGUGGUGGGGUGCGCGCGCGCGCUCGGGCAGUGGAACGAGCUCGAGGCCGUCGACCUGCUGUGGGACGGCGCUCAGUGGGUGUCGCUGAUCAUCGAUCUGGAGAACUGCUACGAGAUCGAGAGGAAGAGGGGCGCGGCAAGCCCCUUGCGCUUCUACCUCGUGCGCGCGGAGCACUGGGACGAGAGCGCAGCUUUGCAGGACGAGUGUCGCUGGCCAGGGCCCGAAGGCCGCGACGGCGAGGCUACCAAGCGGCAGAGGGUGCUGGAGCCUGUGGUGGAUUUUCCCAGCCGGAGGCCUGGCUCGCAGGAGUGCCCGGCGGACCAACAGCCCCAGGCCACCAGGGGCAUCGUGCGGUUCUUCGACUUGCCCAGCCGCGGGAGGGUGAUCGAGGUGACGGACUCUGGCGGGGGCGCGGACGGGAGCGGCCUGUCGUGCCGGGAGACGGACCUGGAGGACGGCGCGUGCCACGCGCUCCUCGGCAGCCCGCCGGCGCCGGGCGAGCAGCGGGCCUACGACUUCGGCGCCUGCGGCAGGCGCAUGCCCUUCAUGCUGCACCGCCCCGCGGGCGGCCACUCGAAGAAGCUGCCGCUCCUCGUCUUCUUGCACGCCCUGCACAACAGGUUCGACGCCAGCCCGAGCCUCCUCUUCAAUACGGCCUCGCCCAGCAACUGCGCCAUCCCGGCGCUGCUGCGGCAGAGGGCGUGGCGGCUCGGCCUCUGGGCCGGCGACCUGUGCACGGGCAGCAGCGCCGCCAGGAGCCUCGGCGGCGAGGCGCUGCUGGCGGCGGCGGCCCGCCCGCGUGUGCCGUGCAGAGGGGAGAAGACCAGCGGCGGCGCGGCGGACAAGAAGGACAAGAAGGACAAUAAUAACAUGAAGGACAGGAAGAGCAGCGUCAAGACGGGCAACUACGUGGGCCAGCACGCGCAGAAGAUGUCCAAGGUGUGCGUAGGCGACCCCAUUGACAACCAGGAGCGUUACGACGGCGGCGAGCUGAUCGAGCACGUGGAGGACGGCAAGGUUGGCGACCUGUCGGAGGUGAAGGGGACUCACAGGUUGGAGACGAACUUCUCGGUCAGGAACGAGGCCUACUGCAAGAAGUACUUCUCAAUCCAUUACCUGACGAUGGUGAUGGCUGUCGCUGCCUUCAUCAAGUUCAAGUCCAAGCACAUUCCCGUGCGCCAGUGGAGGCGCUUGGAAUCAAGGUUUCGGGCGGCCUGGAUGCAAGCCUCAACGGAUCUUCGUGAGGCGUAUGGCGCGGUGGUGUGCACGGGAGAUUUCGAUUUCAGCGAGCUCGUCGACCUGUUCGAGGCUGGCGUGGCUCAUGAAAGUACCAGUGCGAGUUCGAGCUGAUGGUCCUCUUCACCUUUUUCCUCAAUGCGACGGGCUUCAUUUUCAACUGGUGCAUCGCCGUCCGUGUGUUCUACUUCGUGAAGUGCUAGAUGCAGUUCCUCAUCUGAGUCCGCCCUUCACUCACCCGCCUCGGAGUGUUGUUGGGUG